AUGGCUUCGAUUGAUGUGGAGAAAGUGCUCUCCGAGCUGACACUGGACGAGAAGAUCUCUCUGCUAGCCGGCACUGAUUUCUGGCAUACUACGGCCAUACCCAAGCACGGCGUUCCCUCCCUUCGAACCUCAGACGGUCCCAAUGGUGUACGAGGAACAAGAGUCUUCAACGGUGUCCCAGCCGCCUGCUUUCCAUGCGGCACAGCUCUAGGUUCAACGUGGGACCAUGAAUUGCUGCGAGAGGCCGGCAAACUAAUGGGAGAAGAGGCCAAGGCAAAAGGUGCACAUAUCUUGCUAGGCCCAUGCAUAAACAUGCAGCGUAGCCCAUUAGGUGGCAGAGGCUUCGAGUCGAUCUCAGAAGAUCCAGUAUUAGCAGGAGCGGGUGCUGCAGCUUUGACAAACGGCAUACAAGCUACGGGAGUUUUGGCUACGAUCAAGCAUUUUGUCACAAAUGACCAGGAGCACGAGCGGACGGCUGUAAACAGCAUUGUCACUGAGCGGGCACUGCGAGAGAUCUACCUCAUGCCCUUCCAGAUCGCAGUCAGAGACUCCAACCCGAGGCUGUUCAUGACAUCUUACAAUCAGCUUAAUGGCACGCACGUGAGCGAGAACAAGCACAUCCUCGCAGAGAUUCUGCGCGGAGAGUGGGGUUGGAAGGGAGCCGUCAUGAGUGACUGGUUUGGCACGUACAGCACCCACAGCGCAAUCAAUGCUGGUCUGGACCUCGAAAUGCCUGGACCGACCAGAUGGCGUGGUGGUCUGCUAGGCCAUCUAGUCAGCUCACGCCGUGUACCCAUACACGUUCUCGACCAGCGAGCACGCAAUAUGCUGAAUCUCGUCAAUGAGUGUGCCAGCAGUGGGGUCAAGGAGAACCAGAAAGAAGACAAAGUCGAUACUCCUGAGACAGCCAAAAUGCUCCGGAAGCUAGCAGGCGAAAGUAUUGUACUCGUUAAGAAUGAGCGUAAUGUCCUCCCACUAGCAAAAGACAAGAAAGUCCUCCUCAUCGGCCCUAAUGCUAAGACGAGCGUCUUCUGUGGUGGUGGUAGCAGCUCAAUGGCACCCUACUACGCCAUCUCGCCCUGGGAAGGCGUCGAAGCAGCCGUAAGCGACAAGAGCCAAAUGGAAUACGCCGUAGGCUGCUACAGCCACAAAGAGCUCCCCCUCGUCUCCAACCAAUUCACCAUCAGCCCCGAACCCGGAAGCAAAAAGGGCCUGACCUUCAAAGCUUACAACAAACCAGCAGCGGAAGGCACAGAUCGCGAACCAGCAGACGAUCUGACACUCGAUAGUUCAUUAGCCAUGUUCAUGGACUACGACAACCCGAAACUGAAAAGCAAACUCUGGUACGCCGACGCAGAAGGCUACUUCACACCCGAACGCAGCGGCGAGUACGAACUAGGCCUCUGUAUAUACGGCCGGGGUCAACUAUUCGUAGACGGCAAACUGGUAGUCGAUAAUUCCAAGAACCAGAAACAAGGUACAGUUUUCUACGGCUGUGGGUCGGUGGAAGAGAAAGGCACAAUUGCCUUGGAGAAAGACAAAACCUACCACAUCAAGCUCGAAUUCGGCUCUGCACCCCUAAGCACGCUGGACGGCGACGGGAUCGUGCGAUUCGGUGGCGGCGGGUUCAGAAUAGGUGGAGCCUGGGUCCGCAGCAUGGACGAGACAAUCUCCGAAGCCGUAGAGCUAGCGAAAGAAGUCGACCAAGUCGUCAUCUGCGCCGGCCUGAAUGGGGACUGGGAAGGCGAAGGCGCGGAUCGGGUGGACAUGAAACUGCCCGGCCGAAUGGACGACCUCAUCGCUUCUGUUGCUGCGGCAAACCCAAAGACGGUAGUGGUGAUGCAGACUGGGACACCAGUCGAAAUGCCAUGGUUCGAUAAAGUGGCUGGGUUUCUACAAGCAUGGUACGGGGGGAACGAGACCGGGAAUGCGAUCGCAGACGUACUAUUCGGCACCGUAAACCCAGCAGGCCGCAGCAGUCUCAGCUGGCCGAUCAAAGUCCAAGACAACCCGGCUUUUUACAACUACCGCAGUGAAGGCGGGCGAGUGCUGUAUGGUGAGGAUGUGUAUAUCGGGUACCGCCACUACGACACUGUUGAUCGCGCCGUGCGGAUACCAUUCGGCUACGGACUCUCAUACACCACAUUCGACCUCUCUGAUCUGCAGGUCUCGAAAACAGGCAGCGGAAAGGAGCUGGAGAGCAAGAUCCAAGUCAAGAUCUCGGUGAAGAACACGGGAAAGCUAGACGGACAAGAAGUAAUCCAAGUCUUCAUCCGCCCACACAAACCUGGUAUCCGUCGACCACCACGAGAACUCAAGGGGUUCACGAAACUUGCCAUCAAAGCAGGCGAGACGGCUACUGCGGAGGUUGAGAUUGCAUUGAAGUACGCCACGAGCUACUGGGAUGAAAUUCGUGAAGCUUGGAUCGUCGAGGCAGGCAAGUACGACGUCGAAGUCGUGGACGGCAGUGCGCAGCAAGAGCCGCUACGCCAAAUGAUAGAAGUGGAGAAGACGAGUUGGUGGAACGGCCUAUAA